AUGACGUUAGAUCCAAGACUGCUGUCCAUCCCCUCUGCCAGGCCAACGCCGGGCCCAAUGAUCCCCUAUCAACACCAGUACCGGCAAGAAAGCUCACGCAAUCGACACGACUCACCCGAGGGAAGCAAUGUGUUUCUUCCCCGGCGUAUCCUCGCGGCUAUCCCCCAGGACAUCGUGCACGCCACCAACAUCGCUCGCCGCAGAGCAGAAGAGGCCUACAGGGGCUUCCUAUUCCUCCAAAACAGCUUCAACCAGCGCUUCUACCGCCUCUGCCCCAACGAGCCCCGCGGGCGUCUCUCGAGACAUGCCAGAUCCAUCGAUAUGCUGUUCAGCUGGGGCCCAAAGAGCGGAUACACUGCCGAUCCGCCCAAAAUACCUACUUGCGCUGUGAAAUUCUACGUUGAAGAGGACGCGUAUCUGAAGUACGCGCAUCGCUACAGGUCUUGUCGACAGAAAUACCUGAAUGGGGUAUAUCUUGCUUGGAUUAAAUCCGAUAUCUACCUGCGGAACUUCGCUGAUAACACUCCCAUGAGCGUUUUUGCCCGUGCCAGGUUCAACCAUUGGUGGACUGGAUACAGAGAUGAGAUGCGAACCUGGGAGGAGCAGAUUGACAGCCUCGUCCUGCCUAGCUGGGCCUCAAUUGUUAGAGAGCUCAGAGAGAUUAUCGAGGAGCGCUUGGAUCUCGAUAAAGAAUGGGAGCGUUGGGUUUAA